UUCAGCCCUCAGUCUGAGAGGAGGAGGAGGAUGGUGAGAUGUGAUUGGCCAGGCGGGGACUGGUAGUCCGGAGGUUGGCACUGCGAAGCUCUCCGUCGCUCCCCGUGUUCAUGUUUACACCUUGGCUGACCUGGACGACAGAAGCCGCGACGCACCGGGGUCCGGCGGACAAACUCUGGAGGAAAGUCUUUGGGGUGUUUUUCGCUGCAACCUGUCAGUUUUUUUCCCCCCUCUGUACUUCUUCGUCUUUUUUCUUUCUUUCUAUUUUUUUGAAGGGGGAAAUAACCUUUUUUGCUGGUGCAUAAUUGGACUAUAGCUCUCGUUUAAUCUCGCCUUCUAGCGCAGCGCAGCGAUGCGUCCAAGUUUUUGGUGACUCUGUGCAUUGUGUGCGCUAAGGGGCAGGGAAAUCAGGUUAACCGGACACAUCCUGCCUGUAAAGGUUGUGAAACCUCCAAGAAAUAAAUAAAAAAAAAGUUUUAAUGCGAACGGAGUUAAAGUUUUUUUUGCGAUGGAUGCUUUUUUAGGCAAAGGACAGGUUUAACUUUUGUUUUUACUGUUGAUGAACUCGUGGGGUGUCCAACCAGCCUCAUCCUGUGGUAACGACCGUGCAGGACAGGAGCCAUCCUCGGCGCGGAGGCGCAGCCGGGAAAGAUGCGCGGUCUCCGGAUGCAGCGUGACCAAAUAGCCGGUCCUUUGGCUCUGCUCCUCCUGGUCUGUGGAUUGGCGGUGUCUGGCACUGAGAGCAGCGACUACGGCGAAGCCGAGGUCCUCCCCGACUCCUUCCCGUCGGCUCCGGCCGAGCCCCUCCCAGAGUUCCUGCUCGAACCGGAGGACGCCUUCAUCGUGAAGAACCGGCCGGUCCAGCUGGGCUGCCGGGCGUCGCCGGCCACCCAGAUCUACUUCAAAUGCAACGGGGAGUGGGUCAACCAGAACGACCACGUCACCAGAGAGAGCCUGGACCAGGUCACCGGUCUGGUGGUGAGGGAAGUGGACAUCUCCGUGUCCAGGACACAGGUGGAGGAGCUGUUCGGCCUGGAGGACUACUGGUGCCAGUGUGUGGCCUGGAGCUCGGCCGGCACCACCAAGAGCAACCGGGCCUACGUUCGCAUUGCAUACCUGAGGAAGAACUUCGAGCAGGAACCCCUCGGGAGGGAGGUGCGGCUGGAGCAGGAGGUGCUGCUGCAGUGUCGGCCCCCGGAGGGCAUGCCUGCUGCGGAGGUGGACUGGCUGAAGAACGAGGAUGUCAUUGAUCCGUCGCAGGAUUCCAAUUUCCUGAUCACGAUCGAUCACGACCUGAUCAUCAAGCAGGCCAGGCUGUCGGACACGGCGAACUACACGUGCGUGGCGAGAAACGUGGUGGCCAGGAGGCGGAGCAGCACAGCCACCCUCAUCGUUUAUGUCAGCGGAGGCUGGUCUUCUUGGACUGAAUGGUCAGAGUGUAACGCUCGGUGUGGGCCUGGCUGGCAGCGUCGAACACGCAGCUGCACCAAUCCGGCCCCUCUGAACGGAGGGAUCUUCUGUGAGGGCCCGCCAAUGCAGAGAGUAAGCUGCACCACACUGUGCCCAGUGGAUGGAGGCUGGACGGAGUGGGCAAAGUGGUCCGCCUGUGGGACAGAGUGUACCCACUGGCGCAGUCGCGAGUGCCAAGCCCCACGGCCCGUAAAUGGAGGGAAGCACUGUAGCGGAAGCAUGAUGGAGAGCAAAAACUGCACCGAGGGGCUUUGUGCAAGAAAUAAAAAGGUCUCAGUAGAACAUGCGAGCCAUCCGUUGUCUCCUGACAUGGGUGUAGCCGUGUACACCGGCUUGGUGGCGGCCCUGCUGCUGACUGUGGUCAUGGCUCUGGGUGUGGGUGUGCUGGCGUACCGCCGCCGAUGCCGCCAUCUCCACGGGGACAUCACAGAUUCUUCGUCGGCUCUCACCGCGGCGUUCCACCCCGGCAACUACAAGCCUCCCAGGCAGGAUAGCACCCUUCACCCCUCUGCUCCUCCGGACCUGACCGCCACGGCGGGCGCCUUCCGUGGGCCGCUCUUCUCCCUGCCGCACGGCAUCAACCACAGCCCGCACAAAAUCCCCAUGACCACCUCUCCCUUGCUGGACCCGCUCCCCAGCCUCAAAAUCAAGGUGUACAACUCCUCAACGUUGUCCUCCCUGGAGCUCCCGGCCGACAUCGGCGUGGGCGACGGAGAGAUACUCAGCCUGAAGUCGGUGGGCACCGUGGGCCGAGAGCGAGAGUUUCACAGCCACACGCUGUCCAGAGAGCCGGGGCUGAGCACCAGCGCCACGCUGGGACAUCUGGGCGGACGGCUCACCGUCCCCAACACGGGUGUGAGCCUGCUGGUCCCGCCCGGCACCAUCCCUCAGGGGAAGUUCUACGAGAUGUACCUCAUUAUUAACAAGUGGGACAAAACAACGUUACCCUCUGAAGGGAGUCAGACCGUGCUGAGCCCCGUGGUGAGCUGCGGUCCGUCGGGCAUGCUGCUGAACCGACCCGUGGUCCUGACGCUUCCCCACUGCGCUCAGCUGGACACGCCUACGCCAGACUGGACCCUCACGCUCAAAACCCAAACGCACCAGGGUGCAUGGGAGGAGGUGCUGACGGUAGGGGAGGAGACGUUUUCGUCUCCUUGCUACCUGCAGCUGGAGGAGGAAUGCUGCCACGUCCUCAUGGAGCAGCUGGGAACGUACGGCCUGGUGGGCCAGUCCUGCCCUCCGCGGCCCGCCUGCAAGCGCCUGCAGCUGGCUCUGUUCGCCCCGCGGGCGCCCUGCCUCUCUCUGGACUACAGCCUCCGCAUCUACUGCAUCCACGACACCCCGCAGGCGCUCAAGGAGGUGCUGGAUCUGGAGAGGAGCCUGGGGGGAGUUUUACUGGAGGUCCCCAAGCCACUGCUUUUCAAAGACAGCUACCACAACCUCCGCCUGUCCAUCCACGACAUUCCUCACAAUCACUGGAGGAGCAAACUUCUGGCCAAGUACCAGGAGAUUCCCUUCUACCACAUUUGGAGCGGCAGCCAGCGACCUUUACACUGCACCUUCAGCCUGGAGCGAGCCAGCCUGGCCGUGUCGCAGCUCGCCUGCAAGAUCUGCGUUCGGCAGGUGGAAGGGGAGGGACAGAUAUUCCAGCUGCACACAGACAUCCAGGAGACCCUCCCGCCUCACUCGCCGCUCCCGUCGGGAAGCACCUGCCUGCCAUCCUCUCAGGUGGGACCGUAUGCCUUUCGCCUGCCGGACUCCAUCCGUCAGAAGAUCUGCGCCAGCUUGGAUGCGCCCAGCGCCCGGGGGUGUGACUGGAGACUCCUGGCUCGCAGUCUGGGCUUUGACAGGUAUCUGAACUACUUCGCCACAAAGCCCAGCCCCACAGGUGUGCUGCUGGACUUAUGGGAAGCGUGUCACCAAGGUGACGCGGACCUGGUCUCUCUGGCGACAGCGCUGGAGGAGAUGGGUAAAAGCGAAGUGCUGGUCGUCAUGACAACAGAUGGGGAUUGCUGAUUGGCCGAGUAACAGAAGAUCAAGCAAGACAUUUUUAUGACUUUUGUUUCGGGUUUUUUUUUUUUUUUUUCUUCUUCUUCUUUUUUUUUUCUUUUUUGUCCACCACAGUGAUGAAAACGAGAACCCUUGCCUAUGAAUAUGCACACGCCGGCACGGAUCGUUUCAUCAGCAGAGCGUUUUGGUUGUACUGUCCACUCUUCUGCUGACUCCUGACCAGCCAUUGUAGCUAACGUCUCAACCAGAACCCGUCCCCGUGUGUGCCGUCCGACUGCCGGCCUGAUUCAGCUUCAGUUCUCCAAUACGCAAUAUUGGAUCUGCAGAAUGGAGCGCUACCAAGUUGGAGAAAUGCUGCAAAGUCCGUCAAGAUUGUGACGGAAACGUGUUAUUGAGUGCUGAAAAAAUUACUUUAUUCGUACAUAUUUAAUAACAGUGUUUUAAAUUAAACUACAGAAAUCAAUUUAGUCAACACACUCUUAAUUGAUAACGUGGGGAUAUUUCAGUAGCAGCAUGGAAGUGCAUGAUUUAAUGAUUUAACGCCAUUUCAUCUCAUGGCGCAGGCUUUUGUUUUCUUCAUUCUCCUUCAGAGUGGGACGUGAAUGACAGGCCGCACCAACCUGCCUGCAGCCGCACACACACACACACACACACACACGCACGCACACACGCACACACACACACGGACAAAGCGGUCGUUUAUCGGCUCGCAAACAUGCAGGCGAGGGAUUCCCGUCUUGCGGACGGAUAAGUAUCAGAUCCUGGAGGUUUCGGUCAUAUCGCUUCUGGCUGAAAGGGAGGGGGGGAAAAAACAGGUCUGCCUCUUCUUAAUGGAGGGAGAUUAAAUUGCAGAGUUUGUUUCAGGAUUGGCAGAUAACUAGACGGACUCUUUUUAUUGUACCAACAAAUGCCUCAAAGCCUUGGCGUAUCGCUCCGACUCACAGGGGUGUUUCUCUUUCAUGUCUCUCUCCCGCAUUCCUCCAUCGCUUUGCUGCGCUCCCUGUCCGCUGAGAAUAAACUGCAUCAUCCCUUAAAAGUUUCCUUUGGGGAACGCUCUUUAAUUUAUUAUCCAUAUUUGUGGAUUCCAUUUGUUUUCUUUUCUUUUCUUUUUUUUCAUUGUUAUUAACAGAGUUAUCAUAUAGGACCUGUUUUACCGUUUGUGCUUCUUUAGGUUACCGAGCUGCUUUUGAAUUAAUAUUUGGUUUUCAUCCUAAAGCGAAGUGCACAGAUUAUGGCUGCUGUUAAGGGGAAAAAAAAAUCCACUUACUCUUAAUUUAGUGAAACUGUUGAAAAUGUACAAUUGCCUUGCAAAAGCACUCACAGCCGUUGAACCAUUUCACAUUUUUCCCCGCCGUAAACUUGGGAAGUGAUUUUAUAUGAGAGACAGAUCAACACAAAAUAGUUGAUAGUUGUGAAGCGCAAAGGAAAAUGAUGCGUGGUUUUCGAGAGUUAAAACAGAUAAAAAUGUGUAAAAGUGUGCUGUGGAUAUGUGCUCAGCCCUUUUUAUUCUGAUUCCCCUCAAUGAAAUCCCAUCCUUGAAAUUAACGAGAGAGGCAGCUAAUGUGCCCAUGGUAACUCUGGAGGAUGUGCACAGACCUAGUGCUCAGGUGGAAGAAGCUGUUCACAGGUUAUCUAGCAGUUUUGAGACUCCAGAAAUAUUUUCCUUAUGGGAGAAGACCAAUGAGAAAGACAUUUUUUAAAAAGAAAACUAUUAGAAAUUCCAUUUAAGAUGUGCAACAAGCUUUGUAGGGCCCUUGGCACAUACAAACAUACGGUCAGACAUGCAAAAGUCCAUAUGUUUCACCAUCUUGAUGGUGAAACAUGGCGGUGGUGGUGGCAGCAUCAUUUUAUGGGGAAUGUUUCCUUUAGCCUGAGCAGGAAUCUGGUCAGAGUUGAUUGGAUGUUGGAUCUGUUAGAAGCUGCAGGAAAAUUGAGACUGGGGUGGCGCUUCCCCUUUCUGCAGGACAAUCCUUAACGAAACGCCAGAGCUAGAAUCAAACGGUUUAGGUUAAAAGUGCAGACCCAGAACAGAAGAAGGAACAAAAAUGUCCACAGAUGCCACUUAUUUGAUCCGGCUGGGCUUUAACCAUUUGGAAAAGCAGAACGGGCAGGUAUUCUACUCUGUAGAUGUGCAGAGUUGGUCGAGACAUAACCCCAAAGGUUUGCAGCUGUAGAUCCACCACACUUUUCAGAUUUUUUUUUUUUUUUUUUUUUUUUGUAAAAGCCUUUGAAAACCAUCAUUUUUGUUGUACUUCACAAUAAUAGCUAUAAAACACAAUUUCCAAUGAAAGGCAUUCAAGUUUCUUACAUGACAAUAUUUGGAAAAGUUCAAGGUGGAAGAAUACUUUUGCAAGGCAUCAUAAUAUAUAGGCCCCAGGGCUUUGCUGUGUCUGAAAAGAGACGAUUAUAGAAUAAAUUAGCCUUACCUGAAAUCAAUUUGGCACCAAGGGACCAUAUAUGUUAAUUUACCGCAACACAAGCUUAAUUAUGUCUUGUAAGUCAUUCUAUCCUCCUUUAUCUCACACUGAUGGCUUAUUGACGAUCCUUCUCCGAAGCUGCCUGCUCUGUGGUUAGGCUCCUCGAGCUAUUUGUAUUAUCAUUAUCGAUCUAUCAGUUAUUGCAAGAUGAGAAAGUUGAAUUUUUAUCCUCCACAGAUUUAGGUUUUCCUUUCUGUUUUGUGUCUCGCAAGAAACGGAAAGCAAGUGUUUAUGGUUUUAAAACGACAGAAACCAAAACAGCGACCAGUAUCCCUCCUCUUCAGCUGUGAGUCAUGCAACUGUUUUACGUGAAUGAACUAAGCGUGCUUGAGUAAAUGGGUUUUGUGGGGGCAGAUUGAUGUUCACACGCAAGCAGAAGAAAAAUGUAUACGUUACUUGGAGCUGUCAUUUCUCUCUGUAAGUGCUAUGCAAGUACAAAAGAAAAGUGAAGCGUUUUUUGGACUUCUUUGUUUUCCUCCAAGAGUAUUUCUAUUUUUACAGAUCAGAACAUUCACAGGGUUUCGGAUGUUUUGUACCCUAAAGUGGUCUAACAGUGGUUUAGUUUCUUUUUCUUUCUUUUUCGUUUGUAUUUAAGGUUAAUUUUUAUUUUAUUUUUUUGGAAAUGCUAAUAAAUUCUCCAUCUGGACUGGAAGAGUUGGAUUCAUCACCUAACCGGGGAUGCCAUAAAUGACAAAAUAAAAUUAAAAAACACAGAGUGGUGCACCGGGCUCAGGACUAGCCGUGGCUUACGCGGUGAGGUCCCUGCAGGUCUUUGCCAUGAAGAAACACCAGAACGCACCGCGGGGCGUUUCUCCUUUCUCCAGUCCCGUUGCAGAAACCUCCUCGCUGAGGACUAUACAGUGUUUUUCGCCUGCAGAUCUCUCGGCGUCUGCUGGGUCGUCGGCCAUGCUCGCUGGGUUAUUAAAGCUGAACACGACUGGUUGGCUCGCGCGAAGGAGAUAAACUCUGCCUUUGUUCAAAUAUCCAGACAUUUUUACAGAAAAUCUAAAUGGGUUCAGUGGCAUUAUUUUGUCUCUGUAAAGUACCAAUUGUAAAUACCUGUUUAGCCUUCUUACUUGUAACUAAAUAUAAUUUUUAUGCAAUAAAUUAUAUUUCUUAGUUUAACAUGAA